CAGAGGAGAGGAGUUCAGGACGCAACUGGAGUCGCGCACUUCAACCACAUGCCAACAACAUCAGAUUUCCUCUGGCACAAAAUCAAUUAACCCUUGUGUUUUUUGUCCCCCUCUUGGAUUCGCGCAAAAAACAUCAUCGGCUAUUUCUUUUUUUUUUAUAUGAAGAAUGGGCUGCGCAAUAUCAGGUCUGGCAGCAAAAGCAGAGUUUGGAGAGAGGAACACAGAGGAUGCUGCUGUUGCUGCUGCGUAUCCCAGAGAGGAUCAGAUCCAGAUGAUCAAGGAGUCGUGGAAAGUUAUCCGGGACGAUAUAGCCAAAGUUGGGAUUAUUAUGUUCGUCAGGCUGUUUGAGACCCAUCCCGAAUGCAAGGACGUCUUCUUCCUGUUCCGAGACGUGGAGGACCUGGAGAGGUUGCGAAGCAGCCGGGAGCUCAGGGCACACGGUCUACGGGUGAUGUCUUUUAUCGAGAAAAGCGUGGCUCGACUGGACCAGCUGGAGAGACUGGAAGCUCUGGCUCUGGAGCUGGGAAAAAGCCAUUAUCAUUACAACGCCCCACCUAAGUACUACAGUUACGUAGGAGCAGAGUUCAUCUGUGCCGUGCAGCCCAUCCUGAAGGAGAGGUGGACAGCCGAGCUGGAGGAGGCAUGGAAGACCAUGUUCCAGUAUGUGACCAGCCUCAUGAAGCAGGGAUACCAGGAGGAGAGCAGCCGACAGCGCCACCUAGCGCUCUCCCCAAAGGAGAGACCGGACAAGAGGAACACAGCGCUAUAGGAUGCUUCUUCUCUCAACCACAACUCAAGACUGUUUUUACCAGUUCAGCACAGAGAUGUGUUUGUGUAUAUAGUGUAUUUACUGUCUCCUUUUCUACAUCGCUCGUCUACCACCGUCAUUGUUUUGCUAAUUUAUCACAAAGGCCAAAACAAAUACAUGCAGUGACUUUUAACAAAGCACUUUAUUUCUGAACUUAAAUUGUGCGGCAGGACUCAGGAGAAUGACAAGACAAUACAAAUGCUUGACAAAACAUACUGGCUGUAGUUUAACCUGCCUUGUAAUUGUGAUCAACAGAAAUGUCAUUAUUAGAAUUACAGCCGAUACUUUGUCUCUGUAUUCAUAACUCAAACUCAAUGCCUUUCAGUAAAUCUACAACUUUUAA